UUUAAUAAUCAACAAAAUCAAAAUGUAUCCAUUUGGUUCCGGCAUGCCACAACCACACCCACAAUCCUCAAAUUCGCCAUAUAAUAAUCAAAAUCCUGGUAUGCCAGUUGGUGUACCAUUCGGCGCAGGUUGGGUAGCACCCUCCCAUCAAUCUCCACCACCACAUCAACAAAAUCACCCACAUCAACAACAUCACCCACACCAACCAAACUUACAUUAUCAACAAUUACCCACAACACAUAUUACACAACCCCCUUAUCCCGCUCAUUCAUCUCAUAAUCCCGCACCUUAUCCAACAUCUUCUCCAUAUCCAGCACCAGCACCAUAUCCUAAUUCACAUACAGCUCCCUAUCCUGGUUCAUCCUACCCACAUAACCCCCAACAAUCUCCAUAUCCAACAGCAAAUACUAGCAGCCCCUAUCCUACACACAAUCAAAAUGCACAUUAUAAUCAUCCCGAUUCACAUCACUCAUAUGCGCCAACCCAUGGAUAUACACCAGUACAGACUCCAGGUGGUUAUGAAUCACCUGCCGGUAAUAUGGCACAUUGUUUUGAAGAGCUUGCUCAUCGUCAGGGCCAUGUCCAGUUUCAUGGUCAUUCACCGUUUGCUCGCAAAGAGGGCACUCCAACUAUUUUUCCACCUCAAAGUUUUGAUUCCGUUAAAGAUGCUCAUGAUUUGCGUAAGGCAAUGAAAGGUUUUGGAACUGAUGAAGAUGCACUCAUCAAUAUUAUUUGUCGCCGAACAAAUGAACAACGACAGGAAAUACAACGUCAAUAUAAAACUCAUUUUGGUAAAGAUCUGAUCGAGGAUAUUAAAUCAGAAACAAGUGGUAAUUUCGAGAAGUUACUUGUUGGCCUCUUACGUCCCAUUGUGGACUACUAUUGUGCUGAAUUGAAUGAUGCAAUGGCUGGCAUUGGUACUGAUGAAGAUGUGCUUAUAGAAAUCUUAUGUACACUAUCUAAUAUGGAAAUACACACUAUUAAAAAUCAAUAUUUACGUUUGUAUGGUGCUCACUUGGAAUCUGAACUAAAAUCCGAGACAUCUGGCAAUUUUAAACGUCUUUUGAUUUCACUCUGUACAGCAGCACGUGAUGAAAGUGGACACACUGACGCAGGAACUGCACAAAAUGAUGCUAGAGAAUUACUAAAAGCUGGUGAAUUACGUGUAGGCACUGAUGAAAGCAUGUUUAAUAUGAUUUUGUGCCAACGUAAUUAUCAACAAUUGCGUCUGAUAUUCCAAGAAUAUGAACGUAUGACAGGACAUACACUGGAAAAAGCUAUUAAAAAAGAAUUUUCCGGUGAUAUUAUGGAAGGUUUAAUCGCCAUCUAUAGAUGCGUUAAUAAUAAAACCGAAUAUUUUGCAUCUCGUUUACACAAGAGUAUGGCUGGUAUUGGCACAAAUGAUAAACAAUUGAUACGCGUUAUAAUAACACGUAGUGAGAUCGAUUUGGCCGAUAUAAAAACUACAUUCGAACGUAUGUACGGCAAAAGCUUGAAGAGCUGGAUUAAGGGUGAUACCUCUGGACAUUACAAGCACGCUUUGUAUGCUUUAGUCGGUGAACAACGUUCUUCAUAAAUAAUCUCCAGCUACAUAAAUUCACAAUGGGCCAAAAUCUCUACUAACUUUUUUACAUAUAUUAUAUUAAAUCUAAGUAAUAUUUUCGAAUAUUUAAAAUUAUAAUUGAAUUAAUGUCCUAAGUUACAUAUAAACAUAAUUUCAUUACCAUAAUAUUCAAAACGUAAUAUAAAAGUUUGUACAGGAUAUAUAAAAAUAUUUUCAUUGUAUAUUUAAAAAUCAAAUAACUAUAACUAUAACGUGCUUUGGCUUAAAAUAAUUUAUUAUAGAAUUUUUUACAAAAAUAUUUCAUUAUAUUAAAAAUUGUUUUAAAAACAUAUUAUCAAUAUAUAUAUAUAAUAUUCACUGAAAUGUUCAUAUAUUAAACGAUUUAGCAAAAUUAAGCUACUGGUCAAU